UCCUGUCUAUUUGUCAAGCAAGCUAACGAUUUACUUUUUGUGGCUCAGAUUCUGUAACAUCUGAUUUGCUCACCAGAAACUGCCUAAUACUUACUUCUGCUUCUUGGUAUCUCUUUCAGGCGGCGGUUGCCCACGAUGAUGCCUUUCAAGGGAUCUGGCCUUGGGCUCCUCACCUUUCUGGUGUCUGUUCUGGCACUGGGAGCCUACUGUGCACCUAGCCAUCAGACAUUCCUAAAGCAGCACUAUGAUUAUCCCAAGAGCAGCGUUGGAAAUAAGUAUUGUGACGUCAUGAUGAAAAGACGUGGGCUGGACAGACCAUGCAAGGACGUGAACACCUUCAUCCACGACACCAUGAAUAACAUCAAAGCUGUGUGCACUGAAUCUGGAGGAAAGGAUUACGGGAACGGGCUGAGGAUCGCCCUCCGCCCCUUCACUGUCACCACCUGCAAGCACAAAGGUGGCUCAACUCGCCCACCUUGCAAAUAUUCUGAUAACAAAUCGUCCAGAUACAUCGUCAUUGCCUGUAAUCAGAAUAAAGAACCUGUGCACUUUGACGAAAGCAUCAUUGUCACAGUGUAAGACAAUGCCCAGAUCCAAACAUUCAGCUUUUAAACAAUUAUGCCAUCCUUUGCAACUCCACGGAAAAUCCCCCUUUGCUGCCAUUUUGUCUAGCUCUGCUUUACUGCAAUUAAAAAACAAACAAACAAAAAACCCUUAAGUGGCAAACAAACAUGCUUUGAUUCUGUGAAAGCAGCAAUGUCUGUUACUAUUAAACUGAGGAGAAAGUUGCAUAACAUUUGAUGUGUGUUUAAAUUCAUUUCCUUUUCUUUUUCCUAUUGCAUCCA